AUGAACGUUUCCGCUGCCACCUCAGGUCCAAAGGCAGUGAAACCUCGCAAGAAGAGAAACACACCUACCCAGGAGCUUACUUCUAAAAUAACCGCCAUUGAUUCAGAAAAUUGCAACUUGAAGAAUCAUCUCUUGCUGUUGAUUAAUGAAUACAAGCAUUUGAAAAAUGCGGUUAUGUUCAAAACAAACCAAAGCUUUACUCAGACUCAUCAAGGCCUUGAUCUUGAUCUUCUGACAACUGAAUCUAUAAAUCACGGGAAUGGGGCAACUCCCAUCAAUCCUUCUGUUUCUCAUACAACCACAAAUUCUCCUAUUAACUCCCCACUCCCAGGAGGUUCUCCUUCUGCAUUGGCUCCAACAAUUCCUAUGCGAUCCAAGUCAAUUGGAGCUCAGCCAUCAUCUGCACACAUUAUACUAUCUCGGAACAACUAUUUCUUCCUGGAUCACACUAAUUUCCGCAAAAGAUCUUUCACAGAGUUGACUGGUAAUUAUUCUACUCCUUCUAGUGCCGAUGACGAUAUGUUACGAUUUCUUAAUGACUCCCUCAUAGAUCCCGAAGAUUCGGAACAAUUUCAAAAACAACCAGAAACAAUCGAAGAAGAAGAAUCAGAAGAACCCCUUGUCAGUGUUGCAAAGGGUGUUUUUGAAGAUGAUGAAUUCAUGCACAAUGAUGAAGAUGAUGCUGAUAUAGAUGAUAUUACUUCUCCUACAAGUGAUUUGUCCAGAACUUCGUCUUCUCCAUUCUCAGAUUUAGACAUUUAUAACAGUUUGAUGACAAGUUUAACUCGGUCUACGAGUGUCAGUACUACUGAACCAUUGGUGAAAACUAAUUCUGCUUUCCCAUACCAUUCCCAUAAUCUUCACCAACAUAAAGUUUAUGAUAUCCCCACUGAUGCAAGUAUAGAUUCCAAUGCUGGCUAUAAGUUUUCGUUUGAAUCCAUUGAUCCACAUAAUGAAUCUUUAAUGGAAUUAUCAAAUGAAGAAUACACCAAUGUGGAAGAUUUACUAGAAAAUGGGGUUUUCAAUUAA